CGGGCAAAUGCGUCAUCCCUUCGUCGUGCAUCCUCGGUGUUUACAAAAUCUGUGUUUUUCCGCGUUUUCUCGUGUUUUGGCCAUGCGUUCAACCCUUGCUGGUCAACUAUUCUAAACACCUUCAGCUUUAGUACUUCAAAAGCUGAUAACUAACAAAAAAACUUUUACUUUUCUUCGAGUUUGAAAAGUGCCAGCAGACCAAUCCCAAAACGUCAGUGAAAGUGACAACUUUUCAUUUUAUCGGAUUAACAGUGAUUACGGGGAUUACAUUGACCAGUGUGCGAGGUGUUUUUCUUGCGCUCUUUCCAGUUUUACUACCGGUAAUUUUGACUUUUGUACAAUCGAGUUUAAAGUGCGUUGUUAUCAUUCGACAAUUAUCCAUUUCACUCUCCACCAUCUUUUUGGUUUGCUUAUUUUUAGCGAAAAUUUUAAUAGUGACAAUUGUGAAAAAACGCGUUUUCCUUGGUGACAAUCGAACUCCACAUAAAACAAUGUUUUAUUAGCUUAUCUUCAUGCGGAUAAAUCUUAAUUUACGUUGCGUUAAAAUGGACAGUGCGGUGAUCAAAUCGUGAUAAAGUUCCGUUAAAACAACUCAAGUUUACACAAAAUCGGUUAUGAGUGCUUUUUUGCGAUACUAAGAAGCAUGCCAAGCACAACCCUCGUCCCGCUCAAAGUCGCCUCGCCGAACGGCAGCAGUGCACAUUCUCAGAUCAUGGACAGCCCACCCAACUGCGGAGGAACUACAUCCAAAGUGGAGCCCCAUCACUACGAGGUCUACCACCAGGAGAGGUACGGGUACCCCGACGCAAUCCCAGUGAACCCAACGCCGAUCAAGGCGGAGUCCCUCAUGGAUUUAAGUCUUCAGCGGCCGAUGCAACUGAUCAGAUACGACCCGCGAGUCCUUCAGAUCAAGACUGAAGACCCGGUCCCUCACCAGUUCGACUCGGACUCCAACGACGAGAACUACAACUCCAUCCAACAGGCGAACGUUUCCUCGACCUACCUGCACGACCUGUCGUCCGCGGUCGUCCGCAAGAGGAAGCGCGACGUCCUGGCCUUCCCGCAACAAUCGCAGGAGGGCGCGUUCCACCGCUCCUUCAAGAAGAGGAUCGUGUCGCACGCGCAAUCACAGUCGCCGUUCUGCGACGCCAACAAUCAGCGGAUCAUGGCGAACGUGCGCGAGAGGCAGCGGACGCACAACCUGAACGAGGCCUUCGCGAGCUUGCGGAAGAUCAUCCCGACUCUGCCGUCGGACAAGCUGUCCAAGAUCCAGACGCUCAAACUGGCCGCCCGGUACAUCGAUUUCCUGUACCACGUCCUCCAGUGCGCCGAGACGGAAAGCGGGGGCCUCAGGUCUUCGGAGAAAGGCGGCGAUGAAUCUAGAGCCGAUACUGAAUGCGAGCGUUCCAGUCCGAUGCCACGACUUGGCGUAACUCCGUGCUGUUACAUGGCCCAUGAACGCCUCAGCUACGCGUUCAGUGUGUGGAGAAUGGAAGGAGAAUGGAGUUGCUCAAACGAAAACAUCGGCAAAUUCUCAGAUACCUCUGAUUCUGCAUGAUGACUGUCCAUUGGAUAUACUGCGCUCAUAGCGUUCAAACCCUAUAUCCUAACGAUUGUACCAGAAAUGAUCUCAGAUCAAUAUUGAAUGACCACUUUACAUUUCAUUUCAUCCUAAGUAAUAAUUCAAUGGAUUUGGAAAUAAUUGCUCUUUAGCCUAAUAUGCAUUUAUGAUGUAAUGCAGUUCGUGGCUUGCGAACAUAUGGUUGACCUUAUCAUGGACGAUUAUUUCUUCUUUAUUUUUGUUUUUGUGACAUAGGAUACUUCAAAAUUGGUUGCAGAUAAUGUUUGACUGUGAUAGUGUGAUGUUUAAUAGGAAACAUUGAGAAAUGUUUCACUGUGGCUUAACUGAUUUUACUGGGUGCCUUUGUAAUAUGAUAUUUAUUGCGGGCAAUAAUAUCUUUUUAUUACACAUGAAGAGUUAUUUUUUUCUUUAAGUUUCAUUGUUACAAUAUUGUAAAUGCUUUGUGUAUAUAUUUUCCAAAUAUAAAAUUAAGUGCGAA